AUGAUUAGAUUGAUUUGCGCGUGUCGCUUCAAAAAAAGCAGCGCUUUCGCAACGAGUAUGAGCCUGUUGAAACGUAUUAAAGUUAGCUCAUUAAAGGAUGGGAUUAUCAAGAAAAGCAUUUGUGAGGCACAGGGGAAGGUAACUGUAGAUGAUGCCUUGCAGUACUUCACCAAGUCGGAGUUGUUCUUUCUCUUCGUCGUUCCAUUCACCUUUGCGUCUGCCUAUAUUGUUGCCAUGUGGACCCUCUUCAAGUAUAUCUGUGACAUUAGGGAUAUUGAACAUUUCAUCAGAACGGCUCGUUGGUUGAAUGGGAAGGAGCCCUACCCAUUUGAGUACCUGCGGGAGGGGCGCCGAACGAAGAGUCUCGAAGGGAGCAAAUCGAUCAUCUUGGCCGUGAAGAAGUUCGAGUAG